AUGUUACCGUGUGAUGAAGAGGAGCAGGACCGUCUUGAUCUGUUUUAUAAGCUAUUCACGGUAGCACGGGUACCCAGGAAUGGUAGAUUCUUCGAUGUGGGAUUUGGGACAGAGAUCUGGGCUAUCGAUGUCGCCCAUAAAUAUCCCGAUGCCUUUGUUGUUGCGAUGGAUCUGGCACCUAUACAACCUCCCAAUCAUCCCAAUAACUGCCAAUUCUAUGCGACAUCUAACUUCGAGAGUCCUUGGCCGCUUGGUGAAGACUCCUGGGAUCUUAUUCAUCUGCAGAUGGGAUGCGGCAGUGUUAUGAAAAUCGAUUUCGAACCUCGCUGCGCCAAUUGCUCUUUGAACGGACUGGCACUAGGCCAAUGGUACCAGUACCUAAAGCAGGCAACACAGGCCACUAUAGCCCGGAAAGAGGCAGCUUUUACCCAAAUCGACCAUCGGAUGAUGAAAUUGCCUCUCAAUCCUUGGCAUGAUGAUGAACAUGAGACAAAGGUUGCUCGCUGGUAUAGCCUAGCUUUUUCCGAGAGUCUCGAGACCCUCAGUCUUGCUCUUUCAGUCGCGAUCAGACAUCUAGCAGCUGAGGCUAACUCAGAGGCCUUUAACAAGGAACUCCGUGCUUACAAUAUCUUACCGAGCCGGACUAAGCGAGCCUUUCCGUGGGAAUAA